UGGUUUGUGUCAUUGAAUUUACAAAAUACAGGUUCUAUACAGCUGACUUAGUCGAUUGGAUCCAACUACAGUUUUUGGAUUUCAUCUAUGGAUCUCCUCCAGUGAGGUUUUCACAUGAUUCUCUCCAGUUUUAAUCUCCACCUUUAAAUGCAUCUUUUCCCUUUUUUCUCUUUCUCUCUCAUUGCAAAUCAAGAGAUGGAAAUUCACUGGACUAUAUAUAUGCUAAAACCACCUUACUUGAAUCAUCAAAUCAAGAGUGAUAGUGUUUGAUUUCUUGCUCACUCUUUCACUUCACAAACAACUAUUCUUUUCUUUUGCAAUGACUUUUUCCUUUGGGAAUGUGUUUCCAGCCAAUGUUAAAGUUCUUGUGAUUGAUCAUGAUAUCCAUCUUCUCAAUGCUAUUGAGAAAAAAUUGUCUCAAUUCAAUUACCAAGUUACGACAUGCUGGACGGUUUCUUCAGCCAUGAAUUUGAUAGCACAAAAGGUGCAUUUUGAUUUGGUACUACUUGAAACUCAAAUGCCCGACAUGGAUUCAUUUGAUUUCUUGCAACAAUUGACACAACAAAUCGAUAUUCCUGUCAUUAUGACGAUGUGUUCUGAAGGAUCAACAACUGGAAUAUUGAAUGCAAUUGAAAAUGGAGCUUGUGACUGUUGGGUCAAGCCAUUCUCUGAAAAUCAAGUAAAGUAUAUGUGGCAUCAUGCUGUUAGGAAAAUGAUGAAAGGAAAUAAAAAACAAAAAAUCAAUGAGCAAUUGGGGGUUGAAGGUAGCCAAAUAAGGGCAAGAGAUGAUUCAAAUUUAUGCUUAAAUGACGAAGAUAUACCCGAACCACCCCCGACAAAGAAGACAAAGAAGAGAAAGAAGACGAAGAAGACGAAGAAGGAGCGUGUGGUAUGGUCUUUAGAAUUACAUGAGCAAUUCAUGAAGGCUGUUAAAGAACUUGAUGCUUCCAGUUCCAGUUCCAGUUCCAAGGCGGUGCCAAAAACAAUUCUUGAACAUAUGAAGGUGCCUGGACUUACAAGGGAGCAGGUAGGCAGUCAUCUUCAGAAAUAUAGAUUAUAUUUAAAUAAACAUCAACAAGAACAUGAGCAAGCUCUCCUGGUUGUGGAAUCCAACAGUUCACAUGAUAGAUCUCCAAAACUUUAUUUUCAAGCUUAUGAUGCUUCUGCUCAUGCUGUUGUAUUAGAAUCAUCACAGUGGUCUCACAAUUCUCAUGUUGCAGAACAACAAUAUCCAAUGGCAUAUGCUUGCAGUUCUCAACAAGUUCCCAGAAAAUUGUUACCAAGGCAUUUUCCUCAACAACCCAACAUGAACCUACAUCAUGGAUAUGCAACAUGGGAGCAACAACUUCCAAGUGAAUAUUAUAUAGCUGAUCACGCAGUUGGUCUUGGAAGCUUGACAGCGAAUAAUAGUAAUGCAAUGCUUCAGCAGGAAGAAGAUAUUAAUAAUCAACAACAAUCACCAAUGCAUGUUCCUCAUAUGAAUAAUGCAGUUAAUGAUGGUGUAUCGAGUGUGGACAACAUCGUGGAAGUGAAUAAUACUAUAACAGAUUUCGGUGAAGCUACAAUGCAAGUGGAGAUUGGUCCUCAGGUUCAAGAGCUAGAAAGGGUGGUAGCUGGUCCUCAAGAUCAAGAGCUAGGAAGGGUGGUGGCUGGUCCUCAGGCUCAACCUCAAGAGCUAGAAAGGGUGGUAGCUGGUCCUCAAGAUCAAGAGCUAGGAAGGGUGGUGAUUGCUCCUCAGGCUCAACCUCAAGAGCUAGGAAGGGUGGUAGCUGGUCCUCAUGCUCAAGAGCUAGGAAGGAUGGUUGCUGCUCCACAGGAUCAACCUCAAAAGCUAGGAAGGGUGAUGGCUGCUCCACAUGCUCAGCCUCAAAAGCUAGGAAGGGUGGUGGCUGGUCCUCAGGCUCAACCUCAAGAGCUAGAAAGGGUGGUAGCUGGUCCUCAAGAUCAAGAGCUAGGAAGGGUGGUGAUUGCUCCUCAGGCUCAACCUCAAGAGCUAGGAAGGGUGGUAGCUGGUCCUCAUGCUCAAGAGCUAGGAAGGAUGGUUGCUGCUCCACAGGAUCAACCUCAAAAGCUAGGAAGGGUGAUGGCUGCUCCACAUGCUCAGCCUCAAAAGCUAGGAAGGGUGGUGGCGGGUCCUCAAGCUCAACCUCAAGAGCUAGGAAUGGUGGUGGCUGGUCCUCAGACUCAAGAGCUAGGAAGGGUGGUUGUUGCUCCACAGACUCAACCUCAAAAGCUAGGAAGGGUGGUUGCUAGUCCUCAAGCUCAGGCUCAAGAGCUAGAAAGAGUGGUGGUUGCUCCACAUGCUCAACCUCAAGAGCUAGGAAGGGUGGUGGCUGGUCCUCAAGCUCAGCCUCAAGAGCUAGGAAUGGUGGUGGCUGGUUCUCAGACUCAAAAGCUAAGAAGGGUGGUUGCUGCUCCACAGACCCAACCUCAAAAGCUAGGAAGGGUGGUGGCUGGUCCUCAGGCUCAAGAGAUAGGAAGGGUGGUGGCUUCUCCACAUGCUCAACCUCAAGAGCUGGGAAGGGUGGUUGCUACUCCACAGGCUCAACCUCAAAAGCUAGGAAGGGUGGUGGCUGGUCCUCAAGCUCAGCCUCAAGAGUUAGGAAUGGUGGUGACUGGUUCUCAGACUCAAAAGCUAGGAAGGGUAGUGGCUGGUCCUCAGGCUCAAGAGCUAGGAAGGAUGGUGGCUGCUCCACAAACUCAGCCUCAAGAGCUUGGAAGGGGAAAGAGGUAUAAGAAGGCUAACACAAGAUAUACUCAAUGAGGGUGUUUAAGGAAGGUUGGCACAUAGUAGGAUGAGGCAUUCAAUGACAACAUAUCAAUCCUCUCUUUUGGAAUCUCGGCUUGCUUUUCUCAUUACUUUCUUAUAUAAUUAGAAAAGAGUAUUAUCACAAUUGUUGAGGUUCAACUAUAAAUUUCAUUUACCAUCCAUUACAGAUGUUCAUCAUCAUAAAACUAGCAUGUUGUUUUUGGUAGUUUUUGAUAUGCAGUGUGGGAUAGAACUUUCAACUACACAUAAUUUAUAGGUCACUCAUUUUGGUAAUGAGGUUGUAAUUUGAACUUAUAGGUUUAUAAAUUUAUAUUAUGCUUUGC